GCGGCUCCGGCUUUGUGUAACCAUGUCGGGCAGGUCGGUUCGAGCCGAGACCAGGAGCCGCGCCAAAGAUGAUAUCAAGAGGGUCAUGGCGGCUAUCGAGAAAGUGCGCAAAUGGGAGAAGAAGUGGGUGACUGUGGGGGACACAUCCCUGCGAAUCUACAAGUGGGUCCCUGUGACAGAGCCAAAGGUGGAUGAUAAGAACAAGAACAAGAAAAAGGGCAAAGAUGAGAAGUGUGGCUCCGAGGUGACCACACCGGAGAACAGCUCCUCCCCGGGAAUGAUGGACAUGCACGAUGAUAACAGCAACCAGAGCUCUAUAGCAGAUGCCUCCCCGAUCAAACAGGAGAACAGCAGUAACUCAAGCCCUGCUCCAGAGCCCAACUCAGCCGUGCCCGGCGAAGGCACUGACGCCAAGGCAGACGAGGCCCAGGCCGACGGGAAGGAGCUUCCUGGGACCGAAGAUGCUUCUGACGAGCAGAAUUCGCAGUCUUCAGUGGAAAACUCGGUGAACAGUUCAGAGAAAGUGGAGCGGCAGCCAUCUGGAGACGCGGGUCUGGCUGCGGAGAUGUCGGCAGCCUCUCAGGUACCUCGAUCAAGGUCUCAGAGGGGCAGCCAGAUCAGCCGGGAGCCCGUUGGGGUGUCGGGGGAUUUGGAAGGAGUGCCCCCCUCGAAGAAGAUGAAACUGGAGACCUCGCCACAGAACUCUGAAGAGAUGUAGACCCUGUGUUCGGUCCUGCUGUCCACGCCCAUGGGGGAGACACCUGCAGGCUGAAUCCCAGAACGGCUUCACCUGCGCGGAUCCUCUCGGGCGCGGACAGAA